AUGUCACGAUGGCAGACGUUUCUGAGGCUCACGCAGCACGCUCAUAGGGUUAAUGAGAGUCUGGCCGUCGUAUGCGACGAGACUGUGACGAAGACUCAAGUGCUCUCAGUAAUGAGGAAGGAUGGUGCUGUCAGCAAGAAAGGGACGGAGAAGGAGGGCGAAGAAGAGUCGCGCGAGGAGCAGGAACUUGUCUCUGAUGCUCAGCCGCAACCCUCCACUGGGGAAUCCGCUCUUUCUACGCUUCUUGAAGAAGUCAGGGCUAGGAUAGGAGUUGAGGAUGUAGAACUCAGAUACGACGCUUAUAGCAAGGACACCGCAAGCUCUGACUAUCACUAG